AUGCCCUUGACCACAGCAGACGAAGGCAAUUCUUCCUCCUCCUCCGACAGCUCAGCAUCCACAAACGACAGCGUAGACACCCUUCGACCCUCUGAUUCUGCUUCAAUACCAUCAACAACGACACCAAACCCAUGGCCCAAAUACUUUGAGCAGGAAUUAUUUCUGGAUGUCAACACAGCAGCCCAACAUGCUAAAUAUCAUGUUUACCUCACGCCACCAAAAGAUGCAACUAAAGGACCGCUGUUUAUUUGUCACCACGGCGCUGGAGCUACUGGAAUGAGUUUUGCGUGUUUUGCUGCGGCGGUGAGGAAGGAGAUGCCCGGAGCUGGUAUCUGCAGUUUAGAGGCUAGAGAACACGGGUCUUACGUCUCUGCGUCUCCCCCCUCCGCCAACGAAGAAAUCUUGGACUUUAGUAUCGAGACUUUGGUGCAUGAUACACUAGCCAUGAUCGAGGGGGUCAAGCAACGACAAGGCUGGAAGACACUACCUCCCUCGGUGCUUAUCGGUCAUUCCCUUGGUGGCGCCGUGGUGACGCGUAUUGCUGCAAACGGCACACUCGGCGCACAGUUAGUGGGGUUCGCGGUAUUGGAUGUGGUCGAAGGCUCAGCCAUCGAAGCCCUGCUGCACAUGAAAACCUACCUCGCCUCACGACCUUCCUCGUUCGCAUCAGUGGAUCAAGCGAUAAACUGGCAUAUCCGCAGUCGCACCAUCAGAGACCUCGAGUCGGCAAGAGCUAGUGUGCCCAGUCUGUUGAUUCCGAAGGAUGAUCGAUGGGUGUGGAGGACAGAUCUGGCACGCACCCAGAGGUGGUGGGAAGAGUGGUUUACGGGUAUGAGUGGGUUGUUUUUGAGGGGAAGGGCUGCAAAGGCACUGGUUUUGGCCGGGACGGAUAGACUGGACAAGGAGUUGAUGGUUGGUCAGAUGCAAGGCAAGUUUCAACUCACGGUCAUACCGGAAGCAGGUCACUUUAUCCAAGAAGACGUACCGGAGAAAACAGCACACUUGAUGAUCGAAUUCUUCAAGCGUAACGAUCGAAGCAGUCUCGUCUUACCACCCAAAGUAUCUGAUCUGCUCGCCCAGGGAAAGAGAGUAUAG